AUGAUCGAACCCAUUGGGAAUCAAUACAUUGUGGCCAGGCCAGUGUAUUCCAAAAAUGCUUUCAGGGAACAUCAUCAGAAGAAAUACAGACCUCAUAAGACAUUUCUGGAUCAUCUCAAAGAGUGUUUUAGCUGCUCCUCACAAAAGGCCAAGAGAAUUGCCUUCUCUUUGUUCCCCAUAGCAUCUUGGUUACCAGCAUACCGGAUAAAGGAAUGGCUACUCAGUGACAUUGUUUCUGGGAUCAGUACAGGGCUGGUAGCUGUACUGCAAGGUCUAGCAUUUGCUCUGCUGGUCAACAUCCCCCCAAGCUACGGAUUGUAUGCAGCCUUUUUCCCAGUCAUAAUCUACUUCUUCUUGGGCACUUCUAAACACAUAUCUGUUGGUCCAUUUCCGGUUCUGAGUAUGAUGGUGGGAGCAGUAGUUAUGAGAUUAGUCCCAGAAGCCAAUGAAGCUACUGAUAGUUUAUUGACUAAUGAUACAGAAGUAGUGGACCAGAAGGUGAUGGUGGCUGCAACGGUCACAGUCCUUUCUGGAAUUAUCCAGUUGGCCAUGGGGGCUCUGCAGAUCGGAUUUGUGGUGAUAUACCUGUCAGAUUCCCUAAUCAGUGGUUUCACCACAGCAGCUGCUAUCCAUGUUUUGGUCUCCCAACUCAAAUUUAUUCUUCAGCUGAGUGUCCCGGCACACAGUGAUCCAUUUUCAAUUUUCAAAGUUCUACAAUCCAUAUUCUCACAAAUAGAGAAGACUAAUAUUGCAGACCUGGUGACAUCCCUGAUUAUUCUGUUGAUUGUAUUUGUGGUUAAAGAAAUUAACCAGCGCUACAAAGCCAAGCUUCCAGUGCCCAUUCCAAUUGAACUUAUCAUGACUGUGAUUGCAACAGGUGUAUCCUAUGGUUUUGACUUCAAAAACAGGUUUAAUGUGGCUGUUGUUGGGAAGAUGCAAAGUGGAUUUCAGUUUCCCAUUGCACCUAAUGUGACGAUUUUUCAAGAGACCAUAGGUGAUGGCUUUGCCAUUGCAAUCGUUGGCUUCGCAGUGGCCUUUUCAGUUGCCAGUGUCUAUUCCCUCAAGUAUGAUUAUCCAAUUGAUGGCAAUCAGGAGUUAAUAGCCUUUGGAUUGGGUAACUUAUUCAGUGGAUUCUUCAAAGGAUUUGCAUCAAGUACUGCUCUCUCCAGAUCAGGAGUUCAGGAGAGUACAGGAGGCAAAACACAGAUUGCCGGGCUUCUCUCUGCCAUCAUCGUAUUGAUUGUCAUCGUUGCCAUUGGAUUUCUCCUGGAGCCACUACAAAAAUCUGUCCUUGCAGCGUUAGCGCUUGGAAAUUUAAAGGGAAUGCUGAUGCAGUUUGCUGAAAUAGGAAGAUUGUGGAGAAAAGAUAAAUAUGAUUGCUUCAUUUGGAUCGUGACCUUCAUCUGUGCCAUUGUCCUGGGACUUGGCUUAGGCCUGGCCGCCAGCGUUGCAUUUCAGCUCCUAACCAUUGUGUUCCGGACUCAAUUUCCAAAAUGCAGCACACUGGCUAAUAUUGGAAGGAGCAACAUCUAUAAGAAUAAAAAAGAUUACAAUGACAUGUAUGAGCCAGAAGGUGUGAAAAUCUUCAGAUGUCCAUCUCCUAUCUAUUUUGCAAAUAUUGGUUUCUUUAAGCAGAAACUUACCGAUGCUGUUGGCUUUAGUCCUCUUCGAAUUCUACGCAAGCGCAAUAAAGCUUUGAAGAAAAUCCGAAAGCUGCAGAAAAAAGGCCUGUUACAAGCAACACCAAAAGGAUUGAUAUGUACUGUUAAUGACAUAAAAGACUCUGAGGAGGAGCUGGACAAUAAUCAAAUAGAAGAACUGGAUCGGCCAAUCAAUGCCACAGACCUGCCCUUCCACAUAGACUGGAACGGUGAUCUUCCUCUCAAUAUAAUGGUCCCCAAAGUCAGCGUCCACAGCCUCAUUCUCGAUUUUUCAGCAGUGUCAUUUCUUGAUAUCUCUUCAAUGAGGGGUCUCAAAACGAUUUUGCAAGAAUUCAUCAGGAUCCAAGUGGAUGUGUAUAUUGUGGGAACUGAUGAUGAUUUACUUGAGAAGCUUUCUCGGUGUGAAUUUUUUGAUGAUGAAGUUAAUGACUCAAUAUUUUUCUUAACAAUCCAUGAUGCUGUUUUGCAUAUUUUGAUGAAGAAGGAUGACAGUACUUCAAAGUUUAGCCCCAGUCAGGAGAAAGAAAUGAAACAAGACUUUACCAUAAAUACAAAUGGAGGAUUACGUAAUCGGGAAUGUCAGAUACCAGUUGAAACGAAAUUUUAAUCAAAAUAUAACUCAGAGAUCUUCAUCUGCCCACUAUAUAAAGAACAACUUUGUCCCCAGA